CCAUUUCUAUUUUCUGGUAUUUUCUCCGCCUUUAUUCUCUCUUUCUAAUUUCUUCUUCAUUUUUUCAUUUUCUCGAUUCCAUUAACACCCAGAACAGAAGAAGAAGAAGAAAACGGAUCUUAAACGGAUAUUUUCCCGGGUUUAUAAUCAUGGCUACUCCACCUGCAAGGCCUAGAGCUGAUUAUGAUUACCUCAUAAAACUUCUCCUCAUCGGCGAUAGCGGGGUGGGUAAAAGUUGUCUUCUUUUGCGAUUUUCCGAUGGAUCUUUUACAACCAGUUUUAUUACUACUAUCGGAAUUGACUUCAAGAUAAGAACAAUCGAGCUUGAUAGCAAGCGUAUCAAACUACAAAUCUGGGAUACUGCUGGCCAAGAACGGUUCAGAACUAUCACAACAGCUUACUACCGAGGAGCCAUGGGCAUUUUGUUGGUGUAUGAUGUUACAGAUGAAUCCUCUUUUAACAAUAUCAGAAACUGGAUUAGAAACAUUGAACAGCAUGCCUCUGACAAUGUAAACAAGAUUCUCGUGGGAAACAAGGCUGAUAUGGACGAAAGUAAAAGGGCAGUGCCUACCGCCAAGGGUCAAGCACUUGCUGACGAGUAUGGUAUCAAAUUCUUUGAGACUAGUGCAAAAACAAAUCUAAAUGUGGAGCAAGUUUUCUUUUCCAUUGCAAGGGAUAUUAAAGAAAGGCUUUCUGAAACUGACACCAAAGCUGAGCCUUCAACAGUUAGGAUUAACCCAACUGACCAGCCAGAAGCCGCACCAAAAUCAGCUUGCUGCGGAUCUUAAGUGAACUCAUAAUCAUCCCUCGAGGUGAUAGCAAGCCGGUGGUGUAUGCCGGAGAAGGCGGCAAGCCCAUUCUUGUUGAAUUCAAACACAAAUGAUUAAAUUUAUCGGCGAAGGAAGGCACCAGGCAGUUUGCUUGUAUUUUUUUCUUUUCCCUUUUUGUUUCCUUACCUUUUGGGUUUUGUUUUUUCCCUUAACUAUUCUUCUCAUCUGCAAAUUGUUGUAGUGUGUGAAAGGCAGUAAAAUCUGUUUCCCUCUCGCUUAUUCGACGCAUUUAUAUAACAUAUGGCAGACAGAACAGAACAGUCCAUUGAACUGGAAUUCCUGGGACUUGGAUCAAAAACAGCCUUUAUUAUAUUGUUGUUACCUGUUCUCUUAUAUGUAGAAAAGAAAAUAUAUCUGGUUCUUCUCUAA